GCGACCCGAGCGCGGCCCGGCCAAGCGCGCGGGAGCUCCCCGACGGCGCGCCGCGCCUCCCGCACCGCACCCGGCCCCGCCGGCUCCGGCCCCACACGGACCGCGAGGCCCCUCGGUCCCCGCUCUGUCCCCGCUGCGUCCGGCUCGGUCCCGCUCCGUCCCCGCUGCGCCCCCCGCUCUGUCCCCACUGCGCCCCACUCUGCCUCCACUGCGUCCCCGCUCCGUCCCCGCUCGGUUCCGGCAGUGUCCCCUCUCUGUCCCCCGCUCGGUCCCCGCAGUGUCCUGCUGCGUCCCGCCCGCCGAUCCCCGGCGAUGCUGCGCGGCGCCGCCUGGGCGCUGCUCCUGGCCGCCGCCCUGGGGCUCGGGGUGCGCGGGGUGCGCGGCGCGGUGGCCCUCGCCGACUUCUACCCGUUCGGCACGGAGCGCGGAGACGCUGUCACCCCCAAGCAGGACGACGGCGGCUCGGGGCUGCAGCCGCUCUCCGUGCCCUUCCCGUUCUUCGGCGCCGAGCACUCCGGACUCUACGUGAACAAUAACGGAGUCGUCUCCUUCCUGAAGGAGGUCUCUCAGUUCACCCCCGCGGCCUUCCCCAUCGCCAAGGACCGCUGCGUGGUGGCAGCCUUCUGGGCAGACGUGGACAAUCGGCGUGCAGGUGACGUGUACUACAGGGAGGCCACUGACCCUGCCACGCUGCACAGAGCCACAGAGGACGUCAGGCGCUACUUCCCCGAGCUCCAGGACUUCUCCGCCACCUGGGUCUUCAUAGCCACCUGGCACCGUGUGACCUUCUUUGGAGGCAGCUCCUCUUCCCCCGUCAACACGUUCCAGACUGUGCUCAUCACUGACGGCAAGUUCUCCUUCACCAUCUUCAACUACGAGUCCAUCACGUGGACCACAGGCACACACGCCAGCAGCGGGGGUGACACCACUGGCCUGGGAGGGAUCGCGGCCCAGGCUGGCUUCAAUGCGGGUGACGGGCGGCGCUACUUCAGCAUCCCCGGCUCGCGCACCGCGGACAUGGUCGAGGUGGAGACCACCACCAACGUGGGCGUGCCCGGGCGCUGGGCGUUCAGAAUCGAUGAUGCCCAGGUGCGCGUGGGGGGCUGCGGCCAUACAACCUCCGUGUGCCUGGCCCUGCGUCCCUGCCUCAACGGCGGCAAGUGCAUUGACGACUGCAUCACGGGCAACCCCUCCUACAGCUGCUCCUGCCUCUCAGGCUUCACCGGGAGGCGGUGUCACCUGGAUGUUAACGAAUGUGCUUCCCAUCCAUGUCAGAACGGCGGGACCUGCACACACGGCAUCAACAGCUUCAGCUGCCGAUGCCCAGCCGGCUUCGGGGGGCCCACCUGUGAGACAGCACUGUCUCCAUGUGACACCAGAGAGUGUGAGAACGGCGGCCGGUGCCAGGCGGAGAGCGGCUCGGCGGUGUGCCUGUGCCAGGCCGGCUACACGGGCACGGCCUGCGAGACGGAUGUGGACGAAUGUGCCUCGGGCCCGUGCCUGAACGGAGGCUCGUGUGUGGACCUCGUGGGGAAUUUCACCUGCCUGUGCUCAGAGCCGUUCGCGGGACCUCGCUGCGAGACAGGAAGCCGCCCAGCGCCCGACCCCUGCCUCUCAGCCCCUUGCCAAAACGGGGGCACCUGUGUGGAUGCAGAGGAGGGCUACGUGUGCGAAUGCCCCCAGGGCUUCACUGGCCUCGACUGCAGGGAGAGAACCCCUGAGCACUGUGGGUGCCGCAAUGGUGGCAGAUGCCUAGAGGCCAACACCACCCUCUGCCAGUGUCCCCCAGGGUUCUUUGGGCUCCUCUGUGAAUUUGAAGUCACAGCCACGCCCUGCAACAUGAACACGCAGUGCCCGGACGGAGGCUACUGCAUGGAGUACGGGGGGAGCUACCUCUGUGUCUGCCACACUGACCACAACGUCAGCCACUCACUGCCAUCACCCUGUGACUCGGACCCCUGCUUCAACGGAGGCUCCUGUGACGCCCAUGAGGACUCCUACACUUGCGAGUGCCCCCGAGGGUUCCAUGGCAGGCACUGCGAGAAAGCCCGGCCACGCCUGUGCAGCUCAGGGCCCUGCCGGAACGGGGGCACGUGCAAGGAGGCAGGCAGCGAAUACCACUGCAGCUGCCCCUACCGCUUCACCGGGAGGCACUGCGAGAUCGGGAAGCCAGACUCAUGUGCCUCGGGCCCCUGUCACAAUGGCGGCACCUGCUUUCACUACAUCGGCAAAUACAAGUGCGACUGUCCCCCAGGCUUCUCCGGGCGGCACUGCGAGAUAGCCCCGUCCCCCUGCUUCCGGAGCCCCUGCUCGAACGGGGGUACCUGUGAGGACCUAGGCACAGACUUCUCCUGCCGCUGCCGAGCAGGGUACAUGGGACGCCGGUGCCAGGCGGAGGUGGACUGCGGCCCCCCAGCGGAGGUGAAGCAUGCCACGCUGCGUUUUAACGGCACUCGGCUGGGCUCGGUGGCCCUGUACAAGUGUGACCACGGCUACAGCCUGAGCUCCCCCAACCACGUCCGAGUCUGCCAGCCACAGGGCGUCUGGAGCGAACCUCCACAGUGCCACGAGACAGAUGAGUGCCAAAUGCAGCCUUGCAGAAACGGAGGCUCCUGCAGGGACCUCCCGGGGGCCUUUGUCUGCCAGUGCCCCGCAGGCUUCACUGGAGUCCACUGCGAGACAGAGGUGGAUGCCUGCGACUCCAGCCCCUGCCAGCACGGAGGCCGGUGUGAGAACGGUGGCGGGGCCUACCUGUGCGUCUGCCCAGAGGGCUUCUUCGGCUACCACUGCGAGACAGUGAGCGACCCCUGCUUCUCCAGCCCCUGUGGGGGCCGCGGCUACUGCCUGGCCAGCAACGGGUCCCACAGCUGCACCUGCAAAGUGGGCUACACGGGCAAGGAUUGCGCCAAAGAGCUCUUCCCGCCGACGGCCCUCAAGGUGGAGCGAGUGGAGGAGAGUGGGGUGUCCAUCUCCUGGCGUCCGCCUGAAGGUCAGGCCGCCAGGCAGAUGCUUGACGGCUACGCGGUCACCUACGCCUCCUCGGACGGUGCCUACCGCCGCACAGAUUUCGUGGACCGGAGCCGCUCCUCGCACCAGCUCCGGGCCCUGGCAGCCGGCAGAGCCUACAACAUCUCCGUGUUCUCCGUCAAGCGCAACGCCAACAACAAGAAUGACAUCAGCAGGCCGGUGCUGCUCCUCACCCGCACACGACCCCGCCCCGUUGAGGGCCUUGAGGUCACCAACGUGACAGCCAGCACCAUCUCAGUGCGGUGGGCUCUGCACAGGAUCCGUCACGCAACGGUCAGCGGCGUUCGUGUGUCCAUCCGGCAUCCUGAGGCCCAGGAGGACCAGUCCACCGAUAUGGACAAGAGCGUGGACAAGUUCACGUUCGGGGCCCUGCUGCCAGGAAGGAGAUACACCAUCCACGUGACUGCCCUCAGUGGGCUCGGGGGACAGGAGCCUCCCACCGAGAGUCUGGCCUCGGCCCCGCUGCACGUGUGGACGCGGCCCCUGCCACCAGCAAACCUGACCGCUGCCAGAGUCACGGCCACCUCUGCCUACGUGGUCUGGGACACCCCUGCUCCAAGUACCUUGCUGGAGGCAUACGUCAUCAACGUGACCACCAGCCAGAGCACCAAAAGCCGCUACGUUCCCAACGGAAGGCUGACGUCCUACACGGUGAGGGACCUGCUGCCAGGGCGGCGGUACCAGCUCUCGGUGACAGCCGUGCAGAGCGCAGAGGGCGACCGACUGCACAGCGAGCCUGCUCACCUCUACAUCAUCACCUCCCCAAGGGACGGCGCUGACAGACGCUGGCACAGGGAGGGACUCCACCCACGGGUGCUCAGAAACAGACCGCCCCCCGUGCGCCUGCCGGAGCACCUGCUCAGUGACCGUGACGCCCCUGAAGCUCAGACCCCGGCCCCCAGGUUCUCGGAGCUUGUGGACGGCAGAGGGCGAGUGAGUGCCAAGUUUAGUGGCUCACCUGGCAAAUUGGUCACCGUGAGAUCACAACCCACGGCUCUGGCGCAGCUCGAGAACACGGAGGAGGCCCCCAAGCAGGCGCCUGAGCAGGUCGGCCUGGCCCUCCAGCUCCCUGAACGCAGCAGCGACAAGGACAUGGAAAACACUCCUGGGAACUGUUCAGAAAACCCCUGUCAGAACGGAGGCACCUGCGUGCCAGGUGUGGACACCCACAGCUGUGACUGCAGCCCAGGGUUCAAAGGCAGACGCUGUGAGCUGGCCUGCACCAAGGUGCCGCAGCCCUGCACUAGGCUCUUCUCCGAGACCAAGGCUGUGCCCGUCUGGGAAGGAGGCGCCUGCCACCACGUGUAUAAGAGAGUCUACAAGGUGCACCAGGACAUCUGCUUCAAAGAGAGCUGUGAAAGCACGAGCGGCAAGAAAACCCCGAACAGGAAACAAAGUAACAACAGUCCAACACUGAAGAAAUCUUAGGUACAGGAUUCAGGACGUCCUUGUUACACUCCAUCAACCUCGUGAGCUUCCAGAGCCCAGAAAGACAGGGCUAAAAGUGGACUGAGACGGGCGCCUGAGACAUCAGGUCCUGGCUAGCGCCCGAACCCUCUGCAGCUUCCCUCCCCCGCCUCUACGAGACAGACGGCCAAGGCCACGCCAGGGACGCCCUCUGGGCUGAGUCACCUCCAGGCUCUGCGACACUUCUAGCAGCCCGUGCUGUAAGCCCGGCUGCCGUUUCCUACGGGGACAGCCCAGGCAUCAGGCAUCGGCCCGGAUAAGCGAGGCAGCCAGCCAGGAACGCUCCUGCGACAUCCAGACACCUGCUCUGGGACUCCGAGGUCGGGGGGCAGUUCUCCCCCCGAGACCUCACAGUCACGCUGAGGACGAGCGGCUCUCAAGCCCCCCAGGCAGAGGCGGCGGCGCCAGGAAGGGGCCGCGAUGAGGCGCCACCGCGAGGGAAGCCGAGGGCUGGGUGCCCGUCGGACCCUCCUCCACCAUCGCCCCCGCUCGUCUGCUGCAGGCGCAACCCGGCACCCGGUCCAGCAGAUUGGAAAGAGAAAGUACAAUAAAUACGAAGAUGGGGUUUACACACUUCCAGCCUCCAACCCUUUCCCAAACAGUGACUAUUUUUGGCUCCGUGGACCAGACGGUCUCCGUGGCAACGACUCAGCUCCGCGUUCACAGCAGCCCUGCCACAGACGUGUGACCGGACGGGUGUGGCUGUGUUCCAGUAAGACCUCAUCUACCCAUUUGGCUAAGCCCCGCUCGAUUGGGUCACCCAGGCCUCAGCCUCGCGCAGAGAAAGCCAUGCCCCGAUGACGCACCUCGGCAGCAAAGACCCCAGAGCUGCACGGAAGCCCCGUGCGAGCCCCCCAACUCGGGAAGCCGAGGGGGUACCCACGGCGCACAGCAGGGGCUCCUUCCUCCUCUCGGGGCCGGGUGCCACAGAGACCCGAUCACGCUGGAGAUGCUCAGCCCGUGCCUUGAGCGACACUGCUGUAGGCAGUCGGCUCGCGGCCGUUCACACACUUCGUCUCUGCAAACAGGGGGCCACGCAGCCUCGCCACAUAUGCCUUCCAGAGUCUUCUACCAGCAGUCUUCUCCCUGAGGAGGCCAAAAGCAAGCAAGCCAACCCACCUCGAGUCGCGUACAUUUUAGGAGCCGACCCAACAUGAACUCGAGCCCCUGGGCGCCUCCCACAGACACUGCCCCAAGUCUGCAUUCCAGCACAGAGAGGGCUCCUUCCCGUCAUCUUUUCUAAAAUCACUUUUUUGAAGAGUUAGAGUAUAUUUUAGGCUUUUUGUUUUCAUUAAAAUUUUGUGUGCAUAUGUCUGUGUAUUAUGCGAUUUGUCCUUUUCAGAAAGGAAAGACGGUCAUUUCAAGAGCGUCCCCAGUGACCCAGGCCCGCCUGGAGAAGACGGGGGAGCUCAUUGCGGGCUCCGGCACUGGGGGAGUGAGAGGAGACCACGUACAGACACGCGUACUGCUGACUUCUGCUGUGUCCCUGGGACCUGUCGCUGUGUGCCUACGGAAAGCUACAGCAUCACCAGCAAGUGGCGAGAUCAAGUGAUAUCACUGGAAAAGGAGAUGAAACUUUCUACUGCGAUGCUAAUGACCUCAAGCCCCUCAGCCGUGAGGCGAACACUAGCGUGUUUCAGUUUUUAACUCAGAAACGUUUGUUUCUACAAGAAACAGUCUACUGAAUCCUGAGCUUGGUGCCGUCUUAUGAUGAACUCAUCGUGAUGUUUUACAAAUCUAGUAAGUCUAGUAAAAACAUCUCCUGAUGCUAAAGGAAUCACAAUUCAUCCUGGAAACAUUCUAAAUGAGACACUGCUUUUUUCACACAGUUCUUUCACAAAACUGUAGCGUCUUCCUCGAACAUACGCUCAAACUCCACCUGAAGAAAUUAGUAAUAAUGCAAAUCAGAAAAUUAUCAGGUGCGUAGAAAUUUAUUUCUGCAUCAAAAUGCAAGGAGCAAUCAUGAGUUGCUAGGUUAGCCAUUCCAGUCAUAGAAAUUUGUAAUUCCACUUAGUCCCCCGACUGGACACAAAAGCCCAUCUGAGGGAGAGUACUGGUCACUCGGACGCCACAAAACAGAAAAGUGAAAACGCCAGCAGAGUGAAAUGCUCUCGUUCUCACAUAACCUUGCCCACGGCCGAGAACCCAGUGAAGACAAAACCUUCCUUCCGCCGCCGCACGUGGGCUGCCACAGAAGCAAUCCCUCACCCAUCCUGCUGCUCUCCCUCUGGCAAACCCAGGGCCAGCCACCUCCAGCAGCUGCCUCGGCAGGGACCCUCCUGCCGGCCAGCUACUGCCACGACACUGGCCUCCGACACCACACAGGGACUCACUGGGCUCCUUUCCUUCCGCCGAACGUGGCUCUGUGUGGUCACGCUCACACGUGAGCCCGGAGAAAACAGAAGUACCUUGGUGCUGAGUCCCCACAGCAAACAGAGCUCAGACUACAAGAACACUCCAGCGCAUGGGGGAACGGAACGCAAACACGCAGCUACUGACUUUUCUCUUAAAUACGAGAAAUGUAACAAACAUAAGCCUGCUUACAAUCCACCGGACCAGGCUUUAGAGCUGCUCCUUGGCCACGGCCCCGCUGACACCCCAGCUGGAUGGUUCUGCAGUGAGGCCGUCACGGGCCUGGCAGGAUGUUGAACGGCAGCGCUCGCCUCCACUAGAUCCCAACGGCGCCCUCCCUCGGUCCUAACAACCGAGACGUUCUCAGAUGUUGCCAGACGUUCCCUGGGGUCAAGAUCGCCACAGGUGGGAACCGCUGCCCCACAGGAUUCCUGCACAGUCUCUGCUGGAAAAAUAAGGCCGAGCACCAGAACUUUCACAUGGUUGUUAAAAUGCUGCCAAGACCUGGAUUUUGGUUGCAUCACCAAAAACGUCUUCUGCGUCACCAACCCCGUGCCGGCUCCCCCGAAGGGAGGGACAGACACCAGGACGUUCUGAGGUGCACCAGCCCUCCCUCGCGGAGCCCAGACCAUCAGGGCCGGGCCUCUACCUCAGAGAUGACUUCUAUCACAUUCCGCUCUUUAAAUCACCCCUGAGGCCCACCGGGUUCCCCGAGGGGACUCCCAGCACCAUGCUGUCGUGGGGCCCCCUGAAGGAGACCAGGUCCCACCCCGCCAAAGACCCCGUGUGACUCCUCUUCUCCUCUGGUCUCAGGAGCCACUGUGUGAAACGGGCGAUAGGGAGAUGACAUCAGACCGCCCCAGCCCCUUCCUGUUCUGGCGCACUCCAGGCCACAUUCCUGUGGCCGCCAGAGCCUUCAGGCCUGGAUGUGGCCCACCGGCCGUGAGCUUGGCCUCGCAGGGAGGCCAACUUUCCUGAGAGGUCAGAGCCAGGGCCUCGUCCUCACAGACAUAGAGAGCAGCCCCCCAACCCUCCAAUGGCAACAAGAAGCUGUGCGAGAUGAAAACACACAUCACUAACAACUCCCUUUACGCUGCCGGAUGCUGAAUGCAGUUAGGAAGCAGUAUGUGUGGAUGGAAAACACGAGUGUUUCUGUGGGAAACCGGCUACUUGUUUUCAUAGAAUAAAGUGCUGUGAUGUA